GAUGAUCCCAGUGUUGUGUCAGGAUGAAGAGAGUGUAAUUACAGUAUGCCAAGAGGAAGAUAAUGACCUCAGAGUGGACUGCCUUCUGGAGCCCAGACCCAACUACCACACAGACUAUGAGUUCUCCAUGUCCAAAGGCCAAAAGGAGAUCAUCAUAAACACCAACAUCUCUGGAAUCAUGCCUGAACCCAAGUUCAGGCAUAACACAUUUGUGACAGAGCUUGAACCAUACGGAUUCAGGCUGACCAUUAUGAGCUUUGCCAUCUCUGAGAAUACAACUUUCAUUUGUAAAGUAACCAAGAUCCAGAAGACUCUGUUUGUUGAAUUAGACAGCGUUGAGCCCUGCUCUGCCAUCAGUGUGUUUCUGCUGGGUUAUCCUUGGCUUAAUCUUCUGGUUCCUCUGUGCAUCAUACAGCUAUGGGAAGCCUUUUAAGAAACAGUCAGCUACGACAUCAUAUU